CGAGCGGCAGCUGGGCCGAGGCCCCGUCACGGCCGCCGGCACUAGACGCGCGGGUGACUGUUUCCAGCCCCGGCCGCGGGGCGCUCUGGGAAGGGCCGGCCGCGGUUUGCGGCGCUAGCGGCGGCAGGAGCAGGCGGCGCAAGGUAACAAUGACUUCACCAAAUAAAGCCCUGGAGCUACAGCUGCAAAUGAAGCAAAAUGCUGAAGAGCUGCAUGAUUUUGUGAGAGAAUUAGAAAGCUGGGAAAAAGAUAUUAAGCAGAUGGAUUCUGAUUUGAGGAAACAGAGUGGUGCCCCAGAAGAGAAUUUACCACCAAUUCGAAAUGAGGCAUAUAGGAAAAAAAAGAAGAGCAAAGCUAAAGUACCUUCUAAGAAAACCACUGAGGAAAACAAAAAAAACAAGAUAAAAUCUUAUGACUAUGAAGCAUGGGGAAAGCUUGAUGUGGACAAAAUACUUGAAGAACUUGACAAAGAAGAUAGUACCCAUGAUUCCUUAUCUCCAGAAUCGGACUCUGAAGAAGAUGGAAUUCAUAUAGAUGCAGAAAAAGCUCUUGCUGAGAAAGAAAAGGGUAAUAUGUACUUUCAACAAGGAAAGUAUGAUGAAGCAAUAAAAUGUUACACAAAGGGGAUGAAUGCUGAUCCAUACAAUCCAGUCCUCCCCACAAACAGAGCAUCUGCUUUCUUUAGAAUGAAAAAGUUUUCUGUUGCUGAAUCUGACUGCAAUUUAGCACUUGCAUUAAAUAAGAAUUAUACAAAGGCUUAUUCCAGGAGAGGAGCUGCUCGCUUUUCUUUGCAAAAUCUUGAGGGGGCCAAAGAAGAUUAUGAAAAGGUUUUAGAACUGGAUCCAGAUAACUUUGAAGCAAAAAAUGAACUCCAGAAAAUCCAUCAGGCUCUAACAUCAAAAGAAAAUUCACAACAAAACGAAGCUGAAGAAGUUGGAAAGAAUCUUGAAUUAACAGAAGAAGAAAAGAAGCAAAUAGAAGAGCAGCAGCUCAAGCAGAAGGCUAUUGCAGAGAAAGAUUUGGGAAAUGGAUAUUUCAAAGAGGGAAAAUAUGAAGCAGCAAUUGAAUGUUAUACACGUGGUAUAGCAGCAGAUGGCACCAAUGCACUUCUGCCAGCUAACAGAGCUAUGGCCUAUCUAAAGAUUCAGAAAUAUGAGGAGGCAGAAGCAGACUGCACACAAGCUGUAUUACUAGAUGUUUCCUAUUCUAAAGCUUUUGCCAGAAGAGGGACUGCCAGAGCAGCACUAGGAAAGUUAAAAGAAGCUAUGCAAGAUUUUGAAACAGUUUUGAAGUUGGAACCUGGCAAUAAACAAGCAAUAAAUGAACUAACCAAAAUACAGAAUGAAUUAGUUGAGAAAGGGCUGUGGACUUACCAGGAAUGUCCUGAACCAUCUGCAGAAGAAACAGAAAUACGAAACCUGGUGCAGCCCAUUCAUAAACCCUUACAUCUUAGAUCAACUAAACCUUUGAGAAGAAUAUUCAUUGAAGAAGUAGAUGAUGAGAUGCAGAAUAUUGAUGUGCCUAACACUACUACUCUAGUCAAUAAUUGGAUUAAUUCUACAAGUGUAGAAACAACAAAGAAUCUAAGUCAAGAUGACCUCUUAACCACAUCUGAUAUUCCUAGAGCAAAACAGUUGAAAAUUGAAGAAAUCAGUGAUAUACCAGCCUUCCAACCUCCUACCAGUACGAAAGAUAUGCCAUCAGCUACACCUCAAUCAUCCAGUCUGAGAAAUCAUCUAGAAAAAGAAAAAACAUUACUUCCUGCAUCUACAUCUGAUGUCCCUGCAAUCCCUGCAAAUUCAUUCCAGCUUGAAUCUGAUUUCAGAAAAAUGAAAGGCUGCCCAGAUAAGAUGUACAUGUACCUAAAGCAAAUAGAGCCUUCACUUUACCCUAAGCUGUUCCAAAAAUCCUUAGAUCCAGAUGUAUUUAACCAGAUUUUGAAAAUUCUGCAAGACUUUUACAUUGAGAAAGAGAAACCAUCUCUCAUCCUUGAAAUUCUCCAGAGGCUAUCUGAAUUAAAAAGAUUUGAUAUGGCAGUGAUGUUUAUGUCAGACUUGGAGAAAAAAACUGCACAUGUAUUGUUCAGUCACAUGAACCAGUCAGGAUUGGAGGAUAAUUCUGUUGAAGAGUUGAAGAAGAAAUAUGGUGUUCAGUAUUAAUGAGAUUCCUGAUGUUACGUAUUUAUAUAUGUAAACUAGUCUGAUUCCGCACCUUUUCUCUGAGCUACUUGUACUGAAGUCAGUGAAAGAGUUACAUCCAUAAAGUUGCAUUUAUGUAGAUAAUGAAAUCCUUAUACCAGACAAAACCAAAUGGCAAGUGCCUAGAAAGGAUAAUGACUUAUGCCCCAAUUCUGCAAUUGUGCCCGUUAUUUGGGAACCUUGGGGCACCAGGAGGACUCUCUCCAGUUUUAAGAGUCCAGUUGAGUAGAUUGAGUUGCAGGCUAACAGCUGUAGCCAGACAAUUAUUCAGAAAUAAAGUUAAUUAUUUAUAAACAUGGGUUUUGGUAAGAAUAAUUUGGUAACUUGAUGAUUAUUAAAAGAUCAGCAUUAAUUUUAUUUUGGGAAAUAAACUUAACAGUGUUUAAUUAAAAAUUUCAAAA